AUGGCAUUCCUUGCGUUUAACAAGUUGAUGAUCAUCUACCCAUCUGCAGCAUUUGUAUUUCAGCCAAUACUCGGAAAAAUAGACAUCAAAAAAGAAAGCAAUUUACUCCCUAAGAAUAAAUUUAUAUCAUUAUUCAAGAUUGAUCAAACAUUUCCUGAUAAAAGAAAGGAUUUAGUUUUAUUCUACGGAAACAAAAUGAGACAUUUUGUUCCAAAAAUCAUUCCAAUCAAAAAUUCCAUUUACGAUCAAUCAAAUCAUUUUCAUGGUAACUUUGUACAUGCAACGAAAAUGUAUGCAUCAUCCGGGUAUGCUAUAACCGAUGGAAAAACAGUUUACAAAGCACCUGAUUGUAAUAAUGAUGAUUACAUGGUAUAUAAUUAUCCCGGUGAUGUAGUUGGACAAUAUGAGAACGUUUUAUUAGUAGGACAUGUCGGAGCUUCAUGUUUUGCACAUUUUAUCAACGAAGUUAUGAAUCCUACGCUUUUCUUUCCUGAAGAAAUAUUUAAAAAGUCAUAUCUUGUAGUUGAAGGACCUCCUAAGAUGUGGAAAGAUAUCACUGCAGUGUUCGGAUUCGAGGGGCGCACAAUCCACCUUGAGCAUCAUCAAUGGAUUUAUUGCGAAAAUCUUUAUACGGUUGUUGAGCCAAGACCUCAUGGAGGUUAUUAUGGACCUGCAUUAUAUCAUCUUCAUAUGCUUUUUAGGAAAUCUUUUAAUUUAUCCCAAAUAGCACCCAACAAAGUCGGUUUUUUGAAUCGAAAGGGUCCAUAUAGAGUUAUAUCUAAUUAUCAAAAUUUAAUUGAAACUGCAAAGGAAAAAUAUUCAAACGAAAUUUUCUUUUUUAUUCCAGAUGCAUUAUCUGCAUUUAAUGCUGCGAAGACAUUUGCAUCUUGUAAAAUUUUGAUGACAGCAACCGGAUCUUCUUGUAUAAAUGUUAUAUAUAUGGCAGACAAAACGUGUCUAAUUAAAAUCAUCGGUCCUGUAGUUGAUAUGUGUAAUAUAAUUGUUCCUAGCUCGCUGGAUAUCUUUCAGAUAAAUUUGUACUACUCAGAAAUGUCUAUGUAUCAAGAAUCAAUUACUUAUCUUGAUAUUAGCGAAUCUAUGAAAGCAUUAGAAUUAGCUUUUUAUGUUAUAAAGCAUAAAAAAUGGCCUGAAAUUAAUGAAUACACUUAUCUUAUCUAA